UUUCAAAUGUAAUCCGAGAAGCCCCCCGAAACGGGGCAAGCUCAGCUGCCGACGCCUGGGGAAGAGAAGGGCUUGACGGCAGGGGGGGAGAGAGAGGUUUUUCCACCCCCCCUUCCUUCCCUUUCUUUCUUUCCUUUUUUUUUACCCUAAAACACCCGGAUUGCUGUGAAUUUGUAUUAAUUAUUAUUAUUUUUGCACAGCAAGAGUGCAAGGAAGAGUUUAGGAAAGGGGAGCAAAAAAAAAGGGGGGGAUUUUUAAAUUGACGGUAGAACGACUAGUCCGCAAGAACUUUAGAGCAUGCAUCUGUCUUUUCUCGGGUAGCUGCCACCGUUCCCCCCCCCUGUUUUUUGCUGUUCGGUGCCCCCUUCUCCUCCCCUUCUCUCUGUCUUUUUUUUUUUUUGCACCGCGCAGAAAUCAGUCCUCCGAGGCGUGCCGACCCGUAUAGUUCUUUCGCUUCUGGGAAACCACCAUGGACAGAAAACAAGGAUCCUUGGAAAAGCGCAAAGGAGUGCCUAAGAAGAAAAAGCUCCCCAUCUUGAAAAUUCCGCCGGCCCCCAGGCAGACGUCUGUCCCUGCCACACCUCCCCGGAACCUGGAUUCCAGGACCUUUAUUACCAUUGGUGAGAAAAACUUCGAAGUUGAGGCCGAUGACUUGGUGAGCAUUUCGGAGUUGGGAAGGGGCGCUUACGGCGUGGUGGAGAAAGUGCAUCAUGAGCAGAGCGACACUACGAUGGCCGUGAAGAGAAUCCGAGCCACUGUGAACACUCAGGAACAGAAGAGACUCUUGAUGGAUCUGGACAUCUCCAUGAGGACAGUCGACUGCUUUUAUACCGUCACUUUUUACGGUGCCCUUUUCAGAGAGGGUGACGUGUGGAUCUGCAUGGAGUUAAUGGACACGUCUUUGGACAAAUUUUAUAAGAAAGUCCUGGAAAAGAAGAAGACCAUCCCUGAAGAUAUACUUGGGAAAAUAACUGUGUCUAUUGUGCGGGCGCUAGAACAUUUACACAGCAAACUGUCCGUGAUUCACAGAGAUGUGAAGCCGUCCAACGUCCUUAUCAACAAACAGGGGCAUGUCAAAAUGUGUGACUUCGGAAUCAGCGGUUACUUGGUGGAUUCAGUUGCGAAGACCAUGGAUGCCGGCUGCAAACCUUACAUGGCUCCAGAGAGGAUAAACCCGGAACUGAACCAAAACGGCUACAACGUGAAAUCGGACGUUUGGAGCCUGGGGAUCACCUUGAUUGAGAUGGCCAUCCUCCGUUUCCCGUACGAGUCUUGGGGGACCCCCUUCCAGCAGCUAAAACAGGUGGUGGAAGAACCCUCCCCUCAGCUUCCGGCCGACCGCUUCUCAAGGGACUUUGUAGACUUCACGGCACAGUGUUUGAGGAAGAAUCCCGCUGAACGAAUGAGCUACUUGGAACUCAUGGCUCACCAGUUCUUCACCCUGCACGACACCAAAGUGACUGAUAUGGUCUCCUUCGUAACAGAAAUCCUCAGAGAGGACUCUUAAAUUUCCGCAGACCUCGCCGUCGAACAAGACGAAACCAGCGUAGCAUUUUCCUGGCUUCUCCUGCCGAGGAGGGAAGGAAAUAAGGAACUCCUUUAGCAUUAACGGUGGUUUGCACAAAACGGAAUGAAUGUUUUCGUCGCCUCCUCCCCCAAAACCAGUUAUUUCGGCAUCGACUUGGACUUGAGCGAUUUAUUAUUAUUAUUAUUAUCUCGUUAUUUUUAGGGUCUCUGCGAAUGUCACAUUUUUACACAGAAGAGCGGAGGGGUCUGCCUGUCCUUGUCAAUGCUCAAACAGUCUCCCUUCUUGGUAGACUUUUAAGAAGCACAUUGUGUUCCUUAAGCGGGUUGCCCAAAAACGUCUGCACGCAGCUGUGCACGUGCUCAGGGGCACGCUGCCCCCACUCAGAAACUCUCAACACAGCGCACUGAAGCGUGGAGAUGCUGCCACUCGGGGUUGAUGGAUGUGCCCGGCAAAAUCUUGCGGUACAGUCCUAUGAGCAGAGAGUUACAUUUUUUUUUUAAAAAAAAAAAGCUUCUCCACCUAAAAACUCCCUACAUGUAGAAACCCAGCUCUUGAGGGAGCAGGCUAGAUCGGGAUUUUUUUUUUCUUUACGGUGUGUUCUAGUCUUCUACAUUUCUUCUCUUUAUCAUUAAUCCGGAAGAGCAUUUCAAGAUGCAGUACAGGAAGGGAAACUACACAUGAUUUUGUGGAACACAUCACUUGGCUUUUAGGCAUCUUUCUCCUAGUUUUGUUCCACGCUGCUCCCCUCCCCCCCCCCCCCAGCAAUUACUUCUAGGACCCAGAUUUUAACUUCUAGGACCUGGAUUUUCACUUGACUCUAACCAGAUGUUGCUCCCGUAGCUUUUUCCAGCGGGUGCCAGAUUUCUCUUCAUAGGGGGAUGGAUUCAGGUGAACAGCCUCCAGAUGCCGGAGAUCAAACCUGGCUAACCCAGCAGGGGGAUGUUGGGAAUUGUAGUCCAAAGGCACCAUUUGGGGGAAGGCCUCCCUAGAGGCAACGAUAACCCCUAGAGUAAUUCGCUCCCACCCCAUUGCCUUAUUUAAAUGCCCUGCCCAGUCACGGACGUGCGGCGAAAUUGGAUCUUGAUGGCUACGCACAGGCAUUUCAAAGACGUUUCACAGUUGUCGAGUGAGCUGGAAUCCCCCAGCACCAGACACUUCCUGCUUGCUGGUUCAUACCCCAAGGGAAGUACCCAGUGUUAGGCCUAUUUGGAGUAGACCCAUUGUAAUGAAUG